UGGGGCUACAGAGGUCUGUGUGCUGCUGCCAUAGGACAGACAGCCUGGGUAAGUCACUGGGCUCUAAGAAGUGGGGAGUGGGCUGGGGGGCUGGCCCAGCAACAGGUGGUGGCUGAGAACAAAGGUACUUUGCUGGCACAGUGGUGAGCCAUCUCCCAAGAGAGCUCGGGGGCACACUGCCCACCAGCAAGGGGCCGGAGGGCUUGGGGAUGGAUGAUGACAUAAACCACAUCUUUAGCUUCCAUCUCACCCAUAGCUGCUGGAGCAGAUGGCCAGCCAGGAAACUGGACUUCCUCUCACAGCUCUCCUGGCCCAGUGAGCCCUCGAGAAUGCCCUGGGGUGGCAAGGUCAUUUUAAACUGUCAGAGUAAAACCUCUCCACUCUGAGACUGGAACCUGCAAAUAUGCCAGGAAACGCCACUCCAGUGACCACCCCUGUCCCUCAGACGGCCCCGGGCCUCUCCUCUGAGAGCUGCAAUGCGUCCUUUGAGGACAGCAGAGUGAUCCUGGUGGUGGUGUACAGCGUGGUGUGCACACUGGGCUUGCCAGCUAACUGCCUGACUGCAUGGCUGACGCUGCUGCAGGCACUGCAGGGCAAUGUGCUGUCCGUCUACCUGUUCUGCCUUUCACUCUGUGAGCUGCUGUACAUCAGCACCCUGCCACUCUGGAUCAUCUACGUCCAGAACCAGCACUGCUGGACCUUGGGUGAGCGGGCCUGCAAGGUGACUGCCUACAUCUUCUUCUGUAACAUCUACAUCAGCAUCCUUUUCCUGUGCUGCAUCUCCUGUGACCGCUUCAUGGCAGUGGUCUAUGCGCUGGAGAGCCGAGGCCACCGCCACCAGAAGACAGCUGUCUUCAUUUCUGUGUGCAUCUUUAUUCUGGUUGGGCUUGUUUACUACCCGGUGUUUGACAUGGACGUAAUGAGCGGCACCUGCUUUGAGCCCCAGCGGAUGGACAACAGGAUUGCCGCUUAUCACUACACACGGUUUACCAUUGGUUUUGCCGUUCCCCUCAGCAUCAUCACGUUCACCAACCACCGAAUCUUCAGGAGCAUCGAGCUAAGCGUGGGCCUGACAGCCACCCAGAAGUCUAAGGUGAAGCACUCAGCCAUUGCAGUUGUCAUCAUCUUCCUGGUCUGCUUUGCUCCCUACCACGUGGUGCUCCUCAUCAGAGCCUCUGCUUUCUUCUUCUACGGUGGAGACAAGGAUGCCCUGUGUGCCUUUGAAAGGAGAGUGUACACAGUCUCUGCGGUAUUUCUGUGCCUGUGCACAGUCAACAGCGUGGCUGACCCCAUCAUCUACGUGCUGGCCACUGACCAUUCCCGGCAAGAAGUGUCCAGAAUCCACAAGGGGUGGAAAAAGUGGUCCCUAAAGACAGAAGUCACCAAGCUCACACAUUCAAAGGACUCAGAGGAGAUACACUCACCCACGGCACAUGCAAAUGAUUACACAUUUCCCAGGCCCAUCCAUCCACCAGGGUCAAAGCCAGCCACCCCAGGGAGGCUGAUUGAGGAGUCCUGCUGAGCAGACUUGUACUUCAGGGGAGGAUACCAGGCAUGGGGAGCCUGAGGUCAGCAAUGUUGCCAGCUCCCCCAUCCACUGAACCCACUGGCCAAAGAAUCCAUGGCCCUGGCUAUGGACACCCUCUAUAAGACACACUACUGAGUUCUUGUUCCUGGAGCCAUUCCCUCUGUGAGCCUCUGCCCAUAGGGUAUCUUGGAUGCCUAGGACCUCCCAUAUGGCAAGUAGCAGUGUGCCCAGGGUAACAGUGAUGCUCCCAGGCUGCCGGCAGCCCAGACAGCAUGUGGCAGUCAGGAGAGCUCUUCAUUUGCAGCCCGUUCUGGCUGGUUCCCUCAUCCAUUAGCCAACAGCAGGCUGUUGGCAGAGCGCUGGAUGAUGACUUAAUUUUCUGUGCUUUUCUGCAGCCCUAGCCUCAUGACUGUUGGCAAUGCAUCUGGGACUUCUCAUACUUCUGCCUCAGAGUCGACAUGAUCCACAUUGAGGACCUGGCACUGUGGCACAACCCAGAAGUAACAAGGGGGUGGGAGCCCAACCCUGAGGACCUUCGUCUGGAGCUGGCUCUGUGCUGAGCAGACACCUCUGCUGGGGAGCCACGAGGUGGAGUAGCUGGGUGCUCUGGCUCCCAGCAAGCCCAUGUAUCCUCCAUAGGGAGUUCCAAACAUUCAUACUGGGGACACCAGUGAGAUGCUGGUGGGCACCCCAGUAAGAGUUGACAGUGGUGGAAGAGGCCAGGGUAGGCUUGGAAUUCCUCUGCUUCUUCAUUGCAGGGGAAGUGUGAGGGCAGAUCAGGAGAAGGCAGACGACUCUGCUCUUCAGUCCUGCAACCUCUCACCUAUGUUGGAGCAGAGAAGGAAAUCUUAUGGUCUAGAGUCAGGUCCUGGCUCUGUCCUGGUGCACCUCAUUGGGUCACAUUGAUGUAUCCCUUUUCUUAUUGGGAAAACAGAGCCAAUGACGCCUACCUCAGCGGGUCACCAUUGGGGCUAACCCUUCUCCCUUCCUGAUACCCCUGGCUCAGGUGCCUCACACAGCUCACAGCCCAGUGGCUGGAGAUACUGUGUUGAGCAGAUCAGAGGCCCCCCGCCCCUCCCCAAGCACCUGUUUGCUUCCACGGAGCUGUGCAGGGCUAUUGUGCUAAAUCGUUUUGUAUGGCAGCUGUCAGAUUGCAUUCUCCACUGUGAGAGGCGUGGGGAAAAAUACAUGUAGAAUGAAAACACAAAAACACAGAUUGAUCCGUCUUCUUUCGAAAAGAAACAGUGCAAUUUUACCUUUACAGGUAAGCAUAUUUCCUUUGUCUCUCAGGAGGUCAAGACUGGGAGGGGAGGGUGAGUCCUCUGGUCUCACAGGGAUAGCCUCAAGGUCUUACAGCCCAGGGCACAGUGAGACCAGGAAGAUGCUAGGGCCAUACCCGUGCACCAAGUCUAGAGGUGGGAAGGAGGGUGCAGGGGCCUGACCUCCUAGAACACUUGCCUGCCCUAGCCCUCGAUCCUCCUCCAUGAGUCUUCUAAGGUCCCAGGGUGGAGCCCUCAGGUGGCCCUCCCUGACACCCCCACUGUCAGGUCUGCCUUGGCUUCUCUCCCUCCAGCAGCUGCAGGGCUCUUAUGUGUCCCUGUGCCAACACUGUGUCCAGCACCCCAGGAAAAUGAGUCUUACUGGAUUCCUAAGUUUGGACCACAUGCUCUGGCUUGGACUGUCUCCCAUAGGGAUGCUUGGCUGACUGGGAGGCCCCUUUAGCCCAUGAGCAGCCCCUUCCCUAGAGGCCUUCUCCCCAUCACAAACACAAGGACCAGAAAAACACACAAUGAGCAGAGACUAAAUAAAGGGAACUCCAACAACAUCUAUUUCACUUCAAACAAAAUGUGAAGCACCUAUUCUUUUGAAUGAAUGAAAAAGACUAAAGAAAAAUUUCUAGAAAGAGUAUCCACUAGUGUGAGACACAAGAUAGGAACCAGACAGAGUGAGGGUAAGAUCUAUGGCCGGCAAGUACCAGAGUGACCAUUCCUCUGGGCUCUACUCUACUGCUCCUCCAACCUCAGGCUUUCGCCUGAGGGGGGGAGGGGUGUAGGAACUGGGAAUCCCUUGGGUCCAGCCUUGGAGUCACUCCCUCCCUGACCCACAGGACACCUGUCCACUUGGCAAGCUUUCAGGUCUGUCUUCUGUCCUCACACAGGAUGGUCUCAAGAUAAUUGGUUCCUGUACAUGCAUGCUACAUAAAACCACUGACCGGAAGCCCCCCAGCCCUGAGAAAAGGGUUUUCCCAGUGAUCUAUGGUCAUGUCUUCAGCUGGACCUGGAAUCUCCCACUUAGAUGAAUUUUUUUAAAAUUCCACUUUUUCAUAUUUUGCUCCCAUGGAAUGACAAACAGACUUUUUCUCUGUGUGCUGCUCUGGAUCACAGUCUUAUCCCUAGGAGUGAAGGGAGAGUGGGGCUCAGGACUUGAGGCUACCCAAGGACACCUGGCUAACAUGAGGACUGC